AUGCAAGAAAGUAAUAUUAAUAGAGAGGAAGCAAGCAACACUAAUUAUCCUUCAGAAUGUGAAGUUUUGAUAGUCGGAGCAGGCGUUUCUGGUGCCAGUACUCUUUACUAGCUCCACAAGGCUGGUGUUAAGGGUAUGGUAAUUCUUGAUGCAGGUUAAUGUGGAUAAGGAAGUAGUUAAGGCAAAGUAUCUGAAGACCAUGCAUUUAUAAGAGAAGAUGAUAUCUACUAAGGCAGAGAAUUCUAACAUGCCAGAAAAAGUGGAACAGCUGUACUAGAUAAACCAGCUUCUAGAAUUAAAAUGAUGGUAAAUAUCUAUCCAUGCACUUCUGAGUACUUUAUGUCUCAUCAUGGUGAACAAGGAGCACGCCGUUAUUUAAAGCUGUGCUACGAAGGUUUGCAAAUCUAAAAAUAACUUGCAAGACUUGUAUUUAAAAGUGAGGAAUUAGAAGAAAAUCUACUUGAAAAGGGGUCUCUUCAAGUAGGUGUAGAAAAAGAUGAAGAGGAUAUCAAAGAAGAGUUUGAAACAUUAAAGAAACUUGGAUUCGUUGAUAUUUAAUUGUGGGGAAGAGAUUAAGUUGAAAAGUAAUUAGGUAAGGAGAGUAAAUUUACUAUUGGGCUGUAUUAUCCUCAUGACGCAAUAAUUAACUCCUAAUAAUAUUCAGCUAAUUUAGUCAAUUACGUUUUAGAAUAAGACAAGACAACUAAGUUAUUUGAAAACUGCUCAUAAGUAACUAACGUACAAACUAUUAACUCUGAAUACGCCUUGACAACUCUAUAAAAUGGUUGCACAAUAAAAAGCAAAUAUGUAGUCCUUUGCACAGGAGGCUUAUUUACUAAUUCAACCACAUUAUGUGGUAUUUUUACUCCUUGUUUUUCUUAUCUCGUUUCGAUGAAAGAACCUGAAAAUAUAAAUCCCCAACAUCAUCGCUUAGAACAUCCUAAUUCUAUGAACUAUUUUACUUGGGGAUUCACUCAUGACUGGUGCUUGACCUAAGGACAUAUCAGAUUGAGUGGACAAGAUCAUUUUUCCGCUUUUAAGCCUCCAAGAGAAGAUGAAAGAUGCGGAAUUUUAGCUAAAUGGAUUAUUCAAAAAUUCCCUUAUAUGAAAAAUUCAGAGAUGAAAUAUGAAACAAAGUAUGGUGUCUACUCAGAAACACCUGAUAAAGCUCCAUUAGUUGGUACUGUUUCACCUUCCAGUAAAAUUUGUUAUGUUGUUGGAUGCAAUGCUUAAGGCUAAUCCUCUCUAACUUAUUGCGCAACCUUAGUACCAGGUUUAUUAGGUUAUAAAAAGUUAGAUUCAGACCAAAAAGAUAUCAUGAAGUUAGUCACAAUCAGAAGAUUUGCUUUAUUAAAUGAUGUAUUGAAAAACCAAAAAAAUGAAGAAAAAAUCCACAAAUCUUGA